AUGAUGAAAUUACGACGACGACCACUUUCUGUAUGUAAUGUAGCUUCGAAUUCAAAUAGUCCAAACUCGAUAUCAGGUCAACCAGUACGUAAACGACAACGAAAAAUUUCAAAUCAAUUAUCAUCAGAUCAAGAAGAAAAUAUUAGUGAAGUAGAAAAUCGUUCACCGAUUUUAACUUCUGAUGAAUCAGAUGAUGAAGAUGGUAAUCGUAGUAGUGGUAUUCAAACACGAUCUAUAGCAGCUGCUAGAAGAAAGAAUAAUGAAAGUAGCGAUAAUGAAUCAGAUGACGACGAUGAUGAUGAUGAUGAAGAAACUAAUGAAUGUCAAUCUGAUGAAGAGGAAAUACCAAUUAUUAAACAGACAAAAACAAGAAUGGUUACACGUCAAAUGUCAAUUAUUAUGAAUCAUCAAAUAAAAAUUAAACAAAAUGUAAAAGUUCAACCAUUUGUUGAUCAUACUGAAGAUACAUUAAGUGAAAAUGGUGAAAAUCAACCUCGUACACGUCUUCGUUCAAAACGUUUAAAUAGUGAUCAAAAUGGUGCACAGUUUUUUAUUCGAAUAACUCCUAUUGAUGAUGAUGAUACAUCACAACCAGCAGCUUUUUCUUCGGUUAAAAAAGAAAGUCUUUUUUAUUAUACAACACCUGAACGUCCAGAUGAAGCUGAUAUUGAUUAUGAACAAUUAGUUAAUCGAACACGUAUUAAACCAGCAUCAAUGGAUCAAUGUCAUCAAGGACAAUUAUUACCUGAUGAAAGUAUUGAUGAUGGAAAUAAUACAAGACCAACUGAACUUAUACCUUAUUUACUUGAACUUGAACAAAGUCUUAUGCCUGUCUUACCUAUUAUUAAACAAAAAAAAAAAUCAAUAAAACAAGGUAAUGUUAUUUAUCAACGUCGUUUUCAAAUCUUACUUGAUUAUCUAUAUGGUCCUCAACGUUGUGAACAAAUAUCUGAACUUAUUCGUCUUCAUCUUCGUUCAAGACUUGUACUUAAUACACUUUUUCUUACUGUUAAUUUAUUUGAUCGUGCUAUCUUAACUGGUCAAAUACCAAGAGAAUCUUAUUCGGAUGGAAAUUUUCAUUUAUUACUUACCUGUUUAUUAAUUGCUGGAAAAUUUGAAGAAGUCGAAUGGCCAAGCAUUAGUUCACUUAUUGCAAAUCGUGAAUCAUUAGAAGCACGUGAUAUAAAAGCACUUGAAAUAAUUGUUCUUCAAUCACUUUCAUUUGAUAUUGGUUUAACUGUAUUAGAUUUUGUAUAUCGUUAUUGUGAAAUUUCACCAAUGGAUAAAUCAAAUGAUGAUCUUCGUCUUUUAUUUUUUAUUUUACAACUUUUAUUAAUUGAUCCUCAUACGUUUAUUGCACAUAAAUCAUCAUAUAUAGCUGCUUGUACAUAUGCACUUGUACGACAUUUAAAACAAUAUGAAGUUACAUGGCCUCGUCGUUUAGCUCGUUCAACUGGUUAUGAUCCAGCUGAAAUUGCAUAUGGUGUAACAAAAGUUGCUGCACAAUGUUUACGUGCAUUAUCAUCAUAUGAACAACAAGAAUUAAUACAUCGAGAUUUAAUGCAUAAAUAUGCUAAAGGUCCAGCUAUGCAAUUAAUUAAAUAUGAACAAACAUUAAAUGAUCUUAUUCAACCAGCAUUAGAUGAAAAUGAAUGA